AUGUCGGCCAUGUUGUCUUCCUUUGACGUGAGUUGUCGCAUCUCUGCUCCUGCCCGCACUGGUGUCGGCCGCCGUGUUGGCGUGCGGCGUCGCCCUGGCGUUGGCGUGUCUGCACUGCAGGGACAAUGGACCACCCGUUUCCAUUCGGGAAGCGAGCUACACCAGCGAGUACAUCCCGUCCUCUCAAUUCACACUGGUCCAUCCACAUCAGUCGACGACUCGCCUGACUUCUGGCCUGCUGUCACCUUUCAUUCCGCUUUGGAUGGUGGAAGUCAGCGCAGCGGAAGAUCUGACAGAGAGCUCACAGAAAGCGAAAGUAACCACAGCUACCAGAACUCCCACGAUGAACAAGAAUCUCUCGCUGGAGAUUACAUAAUCGUGUUGCCAGGAGACGAGGCUCCUGCUGCCAAUCCUAGCGGCGCCUCCACGCCGAGCUCAGGCGAACUGCACAGCUACGAGAACGUCCAAUCUAACACAGGCUACCUGAACGUGAAUGCGCUUCCUCCAGAGGGUGAGACGCCAACGUUGUCGUCCCAAAGUGAUGAAGACGACGACGACGACAGCGACGACAGCGAGGGGAAGUACGUCAAUCAAGCCAGCGUGAUGUCAUCUAGCCCGCUGCAUGAUGGGAUGUAAAGAGGAAUGGAGCGUGACUAAUGUCAAUGUCGUUUUGUUUUUUUUAUAAUUUUUUUGUUGAACUGACGACUCCUGAGAAUGUUUUCAUCCACACUAGUGUUUUUCAAUGUAAUUAAAGUUGACAAAAAUCA